CAUGAUGGAGAGAGGCCACAAUAGGGACUCAGAUCAGUGCCGCGUGAAAGUCAAGGAGCUCAGACAAGCCUAUCAAAAAACAAAGGAGGCAAACGGUCGCUCCGGGUCAGAGCCGCGGACAUGCCGCUUCUACGCCGAGCUGCAUGCAAUUCUAGGGGGGGCUGCCACCACUACCCCACCUGUGAUCGUGGAUUCUGGGUCGGGGAUAGUCUCAUCAGCGACGCCUGAGGAUUCUGCCAAUGGGGGAGAGGAGGAGGAUGAGGAUGAGCUUGCAGAGAGCACACAGCACUCCGUUCUCCCCAAUAGCCAGGAUCUUUUUCUCACCCUGACUGAAGUACCCUCCCAAGCCUCCCAAGCCAGUACCCAAGACUCUGACCCCAUGGAAGGGACCUCAGCAGCUGCAAAUUCCUCAAGCCUCCCUCCUCCAUCCCGAAGGUUAUCACAGAUAAGGCGUCGUAAGAAGAGAACGCGAGACGAGAUGUUUUCUGAAAUUAUGGAAUCCAGCCGCAGUGACAGAGCUCAUCUGAAUGAGUGGAAGGAAACAGUUUCAAAGUAUAGGAAAGAAGCCAGUGAACGUGAGGACAGGAGGGACCAACGUGAGGACAGGAGGGACCAACGUGAGGACAGGAGGGACCAACGUGAGGAGAGGAGAGACGCUCGAGAUGAGAGGUGGCGGCAGGAAGACCAGAGGAGGCAGGAUGCAACGCUGGGGCUGCUGCGUGAGCAAACAGACAUGCUCCGGCGUCUGGUGGAGCUUCAGGAACGGCUGCUGGAAAACAGACUGCCGCUUCAGCCCCUGUUCCACCCUCCCCCAUCCCCAUGUUCCGUAUCCUCCUCACCCAGACGUGUAAGAACGCGGGGGGGGGAGGCUCCGUACACCUUCCCAUUCCACCCCAGUAGACAGCCCAAGCAAAAGGCUGUCAUUUUUUUAACCUUUUCUUUGUGGCUUUUUCCUUCCCAGCAAUCCUCCUCCCAAAUACCACCCGGGUUCCCUCCCUCUUUUUCUAAUCUAUUAAUAAAGAAUAAAUGAUUUUUAAAUGAUAGUGACUUUAUUUGGUUUGAAAGAAAGCUGGGGGAAGGGGGAGGGUGGGUUCCUUACAGAAAAUCAGUCAAUAAAGGGGGCAGGUUUUCAUGAAGGAGAAACAAACAGAUAUUUCACACUGUAGCCUGGCCAGUCAUGAAACUGGUUUUUAAAGCUUCUCUGAUGCACAGCGCUUCUUGGUGUGCUCUUCUAAUCGCCCUGGUGUCUGGCUGCGCGUAAUCAGCAGCCAGGCGAUUUGCCUCAGCCUCCCACCCCGCCAUAAAGGUCUCCCCCUUACUUUCACAGAGAUUGUGGAGCACACAGCAAGCAGAAAUAACAAUGGGGAGAUUUCUUUGGCUGAGGUCAGAGCGAGUCAAUAAUGAUCGCCAGCGACCUUUUAAACGGCCAAAUGCACAUUCUACCACCAUUCUGCACUUGCUUAGCCUUAGUUAAACAGCUCCUGACUCCUGUCCAGGCUGCCUGUGUACGGCUUCAUGAGCCAUGGCAUUAAGGGGUAGGCUGGGUCCCCAAGAAUAACUAUUGGCAUUUCAACAUCCCCAACGGUUAUUUUCUGGUCUGGAAAGUAAGUCCCUUGCUGCAGCCCUUUAAACAGAGUAGUGUUCCUGAAGACGCGAGCGUCAUGAACCCUUCCCGCUGUGGAAGCAGAGAAAAGAACUGACAGAAGGGAACUGCAAUGCAUGAUGGUUGUUAGCAAGAGUCAGGCUUAGUUAGCAAGAGACAGUCUUUGUUAGCAAGAGUCAAGCUAGCUGUGACCCUGAUAACCCUGAUAACGCGAGAUUUGUAGAAGCGAGGAUUGUGUGAGGAUUGUGUAAGAAUUGUGUGAGACGGGUGAGAAAGAGCUGUGUAAGAAGUCAUUGUGACCUCAGUAUAGAUAAGGUGUAGAAGACCUUGUGUAGAUAAGGUAUAGAAACUAAUUGUAUGUAGGCAAGAGUCAAAACAAGUAAGAAAAUAAGAUAUCAAGAUGGCCUAUGUAUAAACAAAAUGCAGCUGUCCCUCAUUAUUUCUGUAAUGAAAGGUAUAAAUGCUUGCUGUAAUUAGUUACCAGAGAGAGAUCUACUUGCUCUCUCCUCUGCACAUGUGAGAGUUAAUAAUAAAGCCUCUGACUUGCUGUACCUAAACAAAAUAGUGAGAACUCAGUUUUUCUCCGACAAUUUGGGGGCUCGUCCGGGAUGGCAACGCCCACUGAGGCAACGGCAGCUGCUACGGAUCGUUCCCCUUUGAACCCCAUGGCGCCACAAUAGAGGUAAGAGACCUUUUGAAAUCUCUAUUGGGGUGUCGGAGGAGGACUGUCCGUGGGGCCGUCUGCCCCUGUUGGGCUCACGCCAUCCGAACUUAUUGACUGUGCAGCAAGGUCAGAUGCUGAGCGGCGUAAUAGGGGAAUUGUUUGCCGCCCCCUGUAAGCAUAUGCUAGGUGCAUAGGGUUUGCACCUGUAUUGAGGAGUUGUUACUGCCUCAAGAGGGGUUUUUACCGCCUCAAGUGAUGCAUCAAGGUACUUGGGAAUAGUACCUGGAGGUACUCAGGAGUAGUACCUGGUAUAAGGCCUUGGUAUGUUGGUGUGUGUAGUCUGUGUGUGUGUGUGUGUGUGUACACAGUGUGAAUUGAGUGUUACCGGAAGACGCCCAGAGUACUCUGCGAAGUCUUUUGGCUCGUGACCAGAACUACUCUAACGCAAGCCCGGUAACUAGAGGAUCUUUAGGAGAUCCGACCCAUGUAGGUUGACUCGGCCUGGCAUCGUCCGGCGAGGAGGCUACCUGGGUCUAGGAGUGUGUGCACCCAUCUUCCCUCCCCUUUUCCUCUCCGUGUGAGCCACUGACAGUCUGACCAUCUCACUGGAUGCAACAGAGUAAGCGGCGCUUUCUCUCUGAGAUUAGCCGACGCUCUUUGCUGAAGGGAGGUGUAGGGGGUCAUGGCUAUCCUUGUUAGUCACUCCUGUGUGAAUACCCUGUAGGGAGAGAUCCUUAGUUUAUGAGCCGCUAGCGCGGACAGGGCAUCCUUCCCCCUUUGAGUGUGUGAUUGGAAAAUGGGUGGGGGACAGUCUAAGUCUUCCCUUUCACCCCCUAAGGGUACCCCAGCUUAUUUCAUGUACGUACAUUAUGGCCCGAAAACCUGCAGGUAUUUAGAUAAUUGGAAUCUUUACACGCGUGCAAAUCCAUCUAAACAAUGUCCACUAGAAGGUACCUUUGAUUUAGACAAACUUAAAUACCUUAAAGAAACUCUGGCUUCACCAAAAGCCUCUGAUACACAGUGGGAGCAAUUUGUCUGUUGGUGGGAGGAAGCAACAAAGAAACUCCACGAGUCUCGAGUGCGGAGUCUAAAAGACUCCCAGGAAAAGUUAAAAGCUCAAGUGCAACAUUUACAGCUUAAAUGCAAGGCAUCCAGCUGUCUACCCCCUAGAGCGAUUCCUUCUGCUCCUGUGUAUCCUAAUCCCGUUCAAGCAAUUCCUUCUGCUCCCCUUUAUCCCCAAUUAGUUAGAUCUGACAGUGAGGAGGAAACUGCUGAGGAUAUUUUAGAUUUCUUCAGUAACAUUCAGCAGCAGCAGCAGCCCGUGCUGCCUCCUCCCCCUGCACAGCCUGGGUCUGCUAACGAAUCUCACCCGGCAGUGCCAGUUUCAUCACUGCAUGUAUCAGCUGCACACAUUGUUCUCUCUUCCCCUGGGAGAGAAGCCUCCUCUUCACCACAAAGAGGUGAUUCUGAGCCUGCCAGUAGCUCCCCUGAUUCUAAUCCCUCUGAGGAAAGUACCCGUUAUCUUACUAGAAGUGUGGCACAUGCACUCCAGGUUCCUUUAAGAGGCCUGGAACUAUUUCUCAAAUGCGUACUUUUCUUGGCAUGACUGGGUACUGUAGACAAUGGAUUUUAGGCUAUGCAACAAUGAUUAAACCCUUACAGGAUCUGACUAAGUCAGGUACCCCUGAGCCUCUUCCUUGGUCUCCAGAGGCUGAACAAGCUUUUGUUGCUAUCAAGCAAAGUCUGUCCAGUGCACCAGCCCUGGGACUUCCUGAUUAUGCUAAACCAUUCACUCUUUUCUGUCAUGAGCGUAAUGGGUUUGCUUUGGCUGUAUUAACGCAAAAGCACGGAGACGAACACCGUCCCAUUGCUUAUUACAGUACUGCCCUAGAUGCUGUGGCAGCUGGAUUUCUCCCUUGCCUGCGUGCUGUAGCUGCAGCAGCUCUUGCUGUUCAGGUAUCUGAAUCUAUUGUCUUAGGAUCUCCUUUGAUUGUUGCUGUCCCUCAUGCUGUGGCUGCUCUCUUGUUAAAAUCUAAGACACAGCAUCUAUCCACUUCUCGUCUUACAAAAUAUGAGCUUGUCUUGUUGUCUUCAUCCCAUAUUACUUUGGCUCGUUGCCCUGUUCUAAAUCCUGCCUCCUUGUUGCCUGGGCCCGAAGAUGGAGACCCACAUGACUGUGUGUCUGUGACAUCGGUUCUCUCUCGUCCAAGAGAUGAUUUACUAGAUGUGCCUUUGCAAAAUCCUGAUCUUAUUUACUUUGUAGAUGGUUCGUGGUUCGUGCUCGCGAGAUUCUAAGGGCAAAUUGGUUGCUGGUUAUGCUGUGUGUUCUGCACAUGCUGUUAUUGAAAGUGCUUUCCUUCCUUCUGUGUUUUCUGCUCAAGUGGCCGAACUUGUAGCUUUAACUCGAGCCUGCAUUCUCGCUCAGGAUCAAGCAGUUACAAUCUAUACAGACUCUUGUUAUGCUUUUGGAGUGGUACAUGAUUAUGGGUUGCUCUGGAAGUAUAGAGGUUUUCUUACAUCCACUGGUUCUCCUAUUAAGAACAGUCUGUAUGUCUCUGCUCUUUUAGAUGCCCUUUUAUUGCCCAAAGCUAUAGCUGUCGUGAAAUGUACAGCUCACCAGACCCCUCAUGAUGAAGUUACCCGUGGAAAUGCUUUGGCAGACUCUGCAGCCAAAGCAGCGGCCCUUUCUGCACCUCAGGCUGAAUAUACUUGUGCUUUGAUUGAACAGCCUCCACUAGCCUCCCUUGAGGAUCUGGCCAAGAUCCAGGAAGCAGCACCGGCAGCUGAGAAACGUUUAUGGAGUGCUAAUGGCUGUAUUCUACACCCUGAUCAUCUUUGGCGUGCCCCAGCUGGUCGCCUGGUUGCACCGAAGAUGCUAAUGCCCUAUCUUGCUCGUGUAUACCACGGAAUGGCUCACGUGAGCAAAGGGGGGAUGGUUGCUGCAGUUAACCGAGAUUGGUGUGCGUUCGGGUUCCCAGUCAUUGCACAUCACUACUGUCAACAAUGUGUGAUUUGUCAGCAGCAUAACAUUGGUAAAGCUGUUAAAGUUAGGCAGGCAGCUCACCCUCCCCCUUGGGGACCUUUUGUAAAUAUUCAGAUUGAUUUUAUUCAACUGUCUAAAUGUUGUGGCUAUGAAUAUGUAUUGGUUUUGGUGGAUGUAUUUUCAAAUUGGGUUGAAGCUUUUCCCUGCAGGAAAGCAGAUGCCAGGACUGUUGUGAAACUUCUGCUUAAAGAUUUUGUACCACGAUUUGGCAUCCCUGUGAGUAUCAACAGUGACCGUGGAACUCAUUUUACUGGACAGAUUGUAAAGGAGUUAUGUGCAGCUUUGCAGACUCAACACAACCUUCACUGUCCCCACCAUCCGCAGUCUGCUGGGACAGUGGAACG